AUGCCUCUUGACAGCGACAAAUAUGCCAAACAGUCGGACAUCAUCGAUGCCUUUGGUGAAGAGGUCGCUGACCAAUUUGAGUUCGAUUCUACCACUGAAAGAGUCCAGAACUUUCUUGUGAUGCUUGCUGAGUAUAUUACCACUGGUAUUUCAGCGAUGCUAGUGGAGGCUAACCCCUCCUGUGACCCUUUCGAGGAGGGCGAAAAGCAGCGCGCCAAACUCAAACUUCCCCCUCCUAAGUACCCUUCAGCUAAAGCUCUAGGGUAUCUUCACGAUAUGCUUCUAAAGAGGGCUCACGUUGCCUAUGACAAGACGCUGCCUCGCUCUGAGCUGGCGAAAUUACGCCCUAGCAACGAAGAUGUUGACCCCGAGUAUCAAACUGCUUCCAAUCAACUUGAACUUCAGCGGGGUGCGCAGGAUCUAGAACUUACAGAGGAGGACCCGAACACGUCUAACAGGCAGUUUCAUGGUGUCCAGAAUCUUUUAGGGGAGUUUUUACCAAAUCAUGAUCUUGAGCAGGUCUGCCGAGAGGUAGGCAUCACGGACUGGCGAACUCUAGAACUCAAUCCAGAACAUGCGCCUGUUACUCUGGGAAGCCUAAAGCAAACACAGCAGCUUUUUGAUCAACUGGCUCAGGAUCAUGAAGAUUUAAUGGCAGCUAGAACUAUCAUUCUCUGCGCCUAUCACACAGCUAUUCGCCGUUUUGCGACCGUGAAUGGGGAGGUCGUCGGCCGUUCAAAGCUGGGACCAGACCCUGGUCUUCAAAUUGAUGAUGAUGAGAAUGACUUGGACGACGAGGACCUCGAAGUCCAAGACACACUUGAUAAUGACGAGGCCGUCGUGCUACGAAAACUCGCCCUGAAAAACGUUCAGCUAUACCGCCUUGUUCUUGACGAAGGGCACGCUGUGAAGAACGUGAAAUCUAUAAUGAACCAAAUCCUUCAACAAAUGGAAUAUGACGCGAUAAUGAUUGCGUCCGCCACAAUCCUUUCGAACCAUAUCCGUGAUUUCUAUGGGUACAUUGAACUCAUUUGGGACAAGGAUCUGCCUUUCUCAUGGGACGAUUGCACAUCGGAGAAGGCGGGUACUUGGACAAAGGACAAAGUGGUUGUUCCACCUAAUCUCACCGUUCGACAGAUCCAGAGGGAAGAAGAGUACAGACGCCACAUUAAAGACACAGGCGAGCCCCUGUUUCUCAUGAACCCGCAACUCUUCUACUCCUUUGCAAACUCUUCCCGUCACUCGCCACUCUUUGCGCAAAGUGCAAUUUGCACUAUCAUGCAGAUGUUAUGUGUUCGACGAUCCAUGCUGAGCCAGAUGACGUUGCCAGAUGGGUCGGUGACAUGGCCUGGCAAGGGCAUCCCGGCCCUACUUUGCAAUGAGGUCGAGCUGAACCUCCCUGAGCAAGUCAAGCCCAAAUUACACCAGGCCAUUAGACGUCUUCAUGCGAACUUGAUUACCCAAGGACCUCGAGUGAAGAAGUUCAAGUCUGGUCACGGCGCCAAGGUCAGUGGCCCAGCUGUUCAAUGGAAUUGUAACGUGCUGCGAAGAAUGGUUCUUGCAUCGACAAACGUGCACAAUCUCAAGAUGACCUCUCCUCUUUUACGUACCACGAAGCUGCUGAAGGAUAUUGGCACCCAAAAGAUUAUGGGCCACCAAGUCAAGGACGCGCCUCAUCAUCGCCAUAACAAGAAGCCCCGGCCACUAUUAACCUCGAGUGUCGACGACCCUUCUGAGGUACUCACUCCAAUGCAGGAGAAGCAACGGGAAGGUUUGCAGCGCCGGCAGCGUCCUGAAGCCGCUGCUGGAACGGCUGAGAUGAACAGGGUCGCUGCGAGCGACCCUACCAUGGGCCUUCAAUGGGAAUUCUACCUGACAAGAGACUCUGCCAGGGAGCUUUUCCCAGAGGCAGCAAUCAACCGUGUUAGAUGGAUAUGA